AUGUUCACCAUACUCGCCGAGUUGCCACUCAACUUGCCGACUAUCAACCACUCCUCUUUAUCUCCAGCGUCCAGCCACCGGCCACAUGCAACUUUGUCCGGGGCCUUCUCAACGGCGACCUUCUACACUCUCGAUCCUACUGUACAAUCCCGGCGGUAUGGCUACGCGAACCGUGUGGCUCAAGGUAGAUGGCAAGACGUGUUUUCGAACUUGGGCUCCCAAUGUGGCCCUAAAAGAGAACGACAAAGCUCGCCAGCCCCUGCGGUGUCCCAAGGCGCCAGCAGCUCGAGUUCAGCGACAAAGGAUAUUGCCAAGGUGGCCUCGCCGACAGCGUAA